CGGUUUAAUGCGCGAAAAAGCAGAGCACUCAGGUCCCUGACGGAUCUACCGUUGCAGCUGGAUUAUUAUGGGGUUCAUGGAUAAAGACGUAAAGCAUUCAAUCCGACUCUAACGGUCGAAGUGCGUCGGUGGCUGUGGCCGUUGGACUGGCCGUUGUUGGUCCGCCGGCAAGGGCUGCAUGACGGCAGCUUAGGGAGGUUGCUUUGAUGCUGAUUGAGAUCGUCACGUAUGCGAAGAUGAGGUCGAGAAGGAGUGUCGACAGUGUUUCUCGUGAGGUGCUUGGAGGCCAUCAGGAGCCAUGUCAGUUUCUAGGUUAAGCGUUUCUGGCACCAACCUCUGUGUCCACCACUUAGAAAGCUGACAUUGGCAUAGUGGAAGAAGUCGUAACCCAAAAAGACCCUGAUACAUGAAACUGUUUAAUGAAUACUUUCUUUUUCUUUUUCGUCUUUUUUCUUCCUUGGAUAUCGUAUUUUGCCAGUGCCAGUCUACGCCACAAACACCCAAUACCCAAUAUGCUAUCCCAGGCGUGACGUCAGCGAACCCCGCCGUCGGACCAUGUCUGCAGAUGCACGCAAGUUUCUGUGGCUGAACAGACUAGCCUUGAAAAUGGCCCAGUAGCUUAUUCUUAUUCUUGUUUUUUUCUUCCUUGACCUCUUACGGCUUUCCCACAACCUUAAUCGGAAAACACUUUCCACCACGUUUUCAUCUUUUGUGUCUUCCUAUGUACAAAUCUAAAGCAUCAAACUUCGAUCUCGUCGCUGCAACUGCAACACGACGUGCCUGAACCAGCAGCCCCACCCAAGCUUCGCAACAGCUCCCCUCUUUUUCCUUGAGUCCCCGCCUUGGAGUGUGCAACUCUGGUAGUGACGCAUCUCCUACUAUUUCUACAGUCUCCUACAAUUGAACCAUUGUCUUGCUUCGCUCCUACGGGUUUCAAUUAUAGUGAACCCACUUCUAUUAGCUGUGCUGUGACCGAUACAAGAGGCUCUAAACGACCUCGCUCGGCGUCAUGUCUGAGCCCAAAGAUGAUAAAAGUGGCGGCGGCUUCGCUGGCAUAAUGGACAAUCUGAAAGAGAAGCUGCAUGACUCUAAGCUACACGAUGCCAAAGUUGCCCUGAUUCACAAAAAAAACCAGAUUGGCAAGCUUGGUAACCUUUUUAACAAGGCUCACCGACACGAUGAAGAGCACGAAAAACGAUGCGAUGAAAAGAGAACCGCUGCAUGCGAGUCUCAUCGGUAUGAAUCCUACUUCCCCGAGCGCGACGGAAACCACAUCAAGUGGUAUGUCGAUGGCAGAGACUACUUUUGGGCCGUCUCGAUUGCAUUGGAAGAUGCCAAAGAGAGCAUUUACAUUGCGGAUUGGUGGUUGUCACCCGAGCUGUUCCUUCGCCGUCCCCCUCAUCACAACCAAGAGUUUCGUCUCGAUCAAAUUCUGAAGCGCAAAGCCGAGGCGGGUGUCAAGAUCUUCGUCAUGGUCUACAAGGAAGUCGAAGCGGCUCUUACCUGCAAUUCGGUUCACACAAAGCACGCAUUACAAGCUCUGUGCCCUGAAGGAUCACCCGGAUACGAAAACAUCAGAGUUAUGAGGCACCCGGACCAUAACGUCUUCGAGAACGCUGCAGACAUGACCAUGUAUUGGGCCCACCACGAAAAGUUUAUUGUCAUCGACUACGCUAUUGCCUUUAUUGGUGGAUUUGACAUGUGCUUCGGCAGAUGGGAUGUACGCCAUCAUCCGCUCGCAGACUGCCAUCCAGAGGGAGUAACCGAGGAAGUUUGGCCUGGCCAAGACUUCAAUAACAAUCGCGUCAUGGACUUCCACAACGUCCAAGACUGGCAGCAGAAUGAACUGAGCAAAACAGAAUACGGCCGAAUGCCAUGGCAUGAUGUUGGUAUGGCCGUGAUUGGACCGUGCAUUUUCGACAUUGCUGAACACUUUGUCCUGCGAUGGAACUUCACCAAAAGAGACAAGUACAAGCGUGAUGACCGGUUUGACUGGAUCGUCCUUGAGGGCCGAGAAAAUGAAGAUGAGGAUCUUGUAGGAGUCCAGCGGCCUAAGCACCCCUGCGGUGAAUACAUCAAACAUCCUCUGACGCCUCUGGCUACCAAAAACCUCGACAACAGGGGUACUAUCCGUGCUCAGGUUAUUCGAUCAAGCGCCGAUUGGUCAAGCGGCAUCUUGACUGAGCAUUCUAUUCAGAACGCUUAUUGCGAAAUUAUUCGCAACGCCAAACACUACGUUUAUAUUGAGAAUCAGUUCUUCAUUACUGCCACUGGAGAGCACCAGUCGCCCAUUCACAACGUCAUUGGUCGCGCCAUUGUUGAUGCCGUUGUAAAUGCGCACAAGGAAGGCCGCAAAUUCCGCAUGAUUAUCUUGAUCCCAGCCAUCCCAGGAUUUGCCGGUGACCUCCGUGAUAACGCCGCCUCUGGCACCAGAGCCAUCAUGGAUUAUCAGUACAAGUCAAUCUGCAGAGGCGAGCAUUCCAUUUACGAACAAAUUCGCGCCGAAGGCGUGGACCCGACUCAGUACAUUUUCUUCUUCAACUUGCGCUCUUACGACCGCCUAAACAAAACCAAGGCUAUUCGCGAAGCUGAGGAAAAGACGGGUAUUAAGUAUCAAGAAGUACAACGCGCAGAGGCAGCUGAAAUCAUGAACGAGGGUGUCUAUGGAACAAACGAUGGGUCAGAUGAUGAGCGUGAUAACAAGACUGCUGAAGUCAAAGAAUCUAUCGCAAAGGCCAAGGUAGCCAAGGAGAAGUUCGAAAGUGCUAUGCCUGCCGAGAAAACCAAGUCGUCAGCCUCUGUUGCUCACCAUGCGAUGGCCGGUGAAGGUAAGCUUGAAGAUGAGCUAUGGGAUGAUGACCCAGAACUGGAGAUCCGCAACUGGAUUCAAGAAGAGCUGUAUAUUCACUCAAAGUUGCUCAUCGCGGAUGAUCGUAUAGUUGUUUGCGGUUCAAGUAACCUGAAUGACCGCAGCCAGCUCGGAUACCAUGACAGCGAGCUGAGCAUUGUGAUGGAGGACACCCACAUGAUUGCCAGUAUGAUGGAUGGACAACCAUUUGAAGCAGGAUACCAUGCUACCACAUUACGCCGCCAUCUGUGGCGUGAGCACCUUGGUCUUCUUCCUGCCCAAGAGCUCGAUGGUACAAAUGACAUCAAUGCCAUGCCGCCAACGAUUAACCCUGAGAACGACCUCUACGACAAGGAAGCCUCUUGGAAGUUUGUGGAAGAUCCUCUGGGAGAGGAACUAUGGAAGACAUGGACGACCCAGGCGGACACCAAUACGGACAUUUUCAGGCAUCUCUUCCACGCCGAUCCUGAUGACAAUAUCAAAACAUUUGCCGAUUACGACCGGUACCUGCCGCCUCGCGGAGUCAAAGCCGGGCACAUCUUUGACCAAUUCAUGCCUGCAGCUGAUGCGCGCCAGAAGCUUGCGCAGAUCAAGGGACAUUUGGUGUGGAUGUCAAUGGACUUCUUGAAGGAUGCCGAAAUGGCAGAGAGGGGACUGCAACUAAACGCCUUUACAGAGAGCGUGUAUACCUAAAAAGCCUGUGGUGUUGGGCCAUAUUGAAAGUAAUACUUUACGUUUAUUGUUUCUAAAGGGUGCCAACUAGUGUGCAUAAGGACUCCAUCGCAAGCAAGCAUGGUCACAUUGAGGCGUACAUGUGUGAUCGAAUAAGCCUGGACUCGCGAGCUUAUUGGAUCGCUGCCCGCUGCAGACAGGGGAGCAUGGUGGCGUGGGCUGCAUGGUGGCUCUGUCUGUGGAGUAGGCACGGGCAAGGCCAUUUGAUAGAAGUUGGGUAUAUGCUGUAGUCCACUGUGAAUCUGUGUGCUUGUGCCUGCGCUUUGGUGUAUGUCGUGUGACGGCCUAGGUUGGGGAGACUGCGGCAUUGGAACCCUGUCAAUAGUAGGUGGGAAAAUGAAGGCAUGACAUCUGCAGCAGCUUAUUAAGCUCCCGGAUAUGUCAAAAAAAUGUAGUUAUGCAUUAGAAGUACCGAACUUGAUAAAGAACACAAGUCUACACUA